AUGAGCGCACAGGCGAGUCUUGCAUAUUCCAUUCCUCCCUUCGGCAUCAACCCGCCCAAACCAUUUGCAACAGAGAACAAAGUUGUGAAUGAGCGGGAGCAAUACAUCCCCCUUCUUCAGUUCAUGAAUGUGCUUUCAUCGUCAACCAGGUUUCGACAUGGUGUGUUCAGGCUCUGUUUUUACUUGGUUUACGCUGCUACCUUCAUUUUCAUCAUGGUCCUGGAGGUAACAAACGGUUUCGGCCCCCCUCACUGCGGUGGAACAGGACAGUGCUUGCCUUAUUCAGUCUGGGACCAGCACCUUUACAUGCAAUCAAUCAAGGAUUCCUUGUACGAAACUUCCUGGGAUCCUGCAAAUUUAGUGAACAACAUCUAUGACAUGCAAACAUUUGAUGAUUUGAAGAGCUGGAUAACCAAGGUCUAUGUUCCAACUCUUUGGCCUUCGAAUGGAAAUGCAACCAUUCCUUACUAUGGCAGGGUGCCUGUCGAUCCGAUUGUUGUCAAAUUCUCAGUGCGGCAGGAAAACUUAUGCAGUGACAAUCAGGGGUUUGACUUCUCCAACAAGCGUUGCCUGGGACAUUUGAGAACACAAUCGUUUGGACCUCCCGAGGAUUCAGAAAGAUGGCGCCAGAGCAACCAAGACGCAGCCCAACCAGGUUACUACGCUCUCUUAGCCUGGCGAGAUCGGUUCUUUACAAAAGCAGUGAAGAAAGUCUCAGCUGACGGCUAUGUCUCUUAUCAUGUCCCCUUAUACAAUCCUGGGUUUUCUCCUCGAUUUGGAAAUUUGAGCCAAGUAAGAGUUUGGAAUGUUUCAACGGCUGAACAAGCCCUCAAUUUCUUCGCUAUGGCUGAGACUGACGGCCUUUUUACGCACAAGACGUCAAGUUUGUCUAUGUGGACGACUUUCUACUUUCCAACCACGGACAUAACAACGGUCGUGAGGAGCGUGUUUGAAAUCCACGAUUCAGGCAGAGCUUCAAUUUGUGAGGACACUUGGCUCUGCGCUGACUAUGGAGCAUUGAUCUGGACUCGCGACUUUAGGCGCAUGUAUUCGAGUGGAAAUGGAAUUGCUAGGCUGGUCCUUGAAAUCGUUUUCCUCACACUCACACUCAUUCAACUUUUCCGCGAAUUGAGACAAUUCUACUACUCCCCCGUGAUCAUGGGAUCGCGGUCUGCUUACGUUCUGGGUACAGGUGGUUUUUGGAACUUUCUGGAUCUAAUCUGUUUCAUGUUCAUCGCUCCAAUCUACUUCUUGAAGAUCCUCAUGUACGUCACUUCAUCUGAAGACCCUGAAAGUCCACAAAGAUUCUGGGCUGCCAGUUUGCCGGUUGUCCUGUGGUCAUUUCAUAGCGGUCUCACAGGAUGGCUCCAGCUCUUUUUGAUUUUUCGGUUUUUCAAGUAUCUGGAGUUCAGCAACGCUCUCGGUAUUGUCGGCGAUACUUUCCAGAAAGCUGCCAAAGAUCUUGUAAUUUUUCUCUUCGUGUUUUUUCUUGUCAUUGUUGCCUAUUCAUAUGCUGGUUAUUACUUCUACAGAGGUAGGAUGUAUGAGUUCAGCACCGUUCCCAAGUCUGUAAACACAGUGUUUAGCAUAAUGUUUGGUCAAGUGGAUUUUCAAAGCUUUGGAUUCAAUACGGACACAUCUCUGGGAUCUUUCUCUAUAGCAUUUUUAUGGUCCAUCACGAUUUUGGUCUAUCUCAUUUUAAUCAACAUGUUUCUUGCCAUAAUCUUGAGUGCUUUUGACAUGAUCCGAGAAGAUUUGAAGCGUUAUCGGCUUGAGAGACUUCAAGGAAACAAGUAUGUCCCCCCGGGAAUGACAAUUUUAGAGUUCUUUUUGCCUUUAUUAACCAUUGCAAGGUCAAUGAGGAAAAUCAAGAGAGUUUACAGUCACUUUCGUCAAUACGGGUUUGAGCUGGGGUUCUUGUCAACUGAAUUUUUCCCGGAAGGAAUGGUGAUGAGGAUGUUGCUUGACGCUCAGAUCAUGUCUGCCCGUAGGCCGCCGCUCAUAUCAAGGGUGCUGGGCUACAACUCCUCAAGGCAAGAGUUUCUGAUUGAGUGGAAGGGAGACAAGACCUGGUGGAGCACACAUCCCAAGUUGAUGUCAUACCAGCCCGUCUGGCUCAGCAAAGCAGAGAUCAUGGCGAUCAAGGAGUCAAGCCACUCUGAUAGGAGCGAGAUCUUAGAGAUAGACUCCGACAAACUGAUUUCGUGGGAGUCUCGUUACAUUCUCACUAGGCGGGUGCUCACUCGCCAGGCCAAGGACGAUCUCAAGCGGCUCGUCAACGUCCCUGAUAUCUACGAUGACACUUUCUGGACGCGGGGCAACGCAAACUUGAUCGCCUACAGCGUGAAUAUGGAUCCAGAUUACCUGGAAACCAAGCAUUACUACCUGGCAGGAGAAAGGACCAGGACCUCUCAAGAUGAGCGUGAAAGGCUGCGCAUGAAAUUAGAAACAGGAAACAAACUGACAGUGAACGAGCUAGAGGCAUUGUUCAUCAAGCAUUUGAUGCCAACAGCAGCACGUCAGAAGAUUGAAGAAAAGUUGCAAGAAGACAGAGAUGGAUUGAAUCAAAUGCUGUCAAACAACUUUCUUCAUUUCAGAAUCAAACGUCUCGUGGAAGCAAUCAGUGAGAGUGGCUCAGAGGUCAAUGAAUGCGGACUGACAAGCGAGGAAGCCACUGAACUGAUUGAUGAAAGCAAGCAAUGGACCAGAACAAUCUUCAACAAGUUUGGUACCAGAAGGCACAUAAGCGACUUUCCAAACAGUCUCGGGGCUCUCGGAAUCGAAGAAUAUGAGCGAAAUGCAAAUGACGAGAAUUAUCAGUUUGCGUAUAGCCUUGGAGGUGAUGACGAUUUGACCGAUAUCUCGCUCAAGCAAGUGAUGAAAGGCAUCAAAAAACUUCAGCAACAGAUGAAGGAGUUGAGUAGUGGACCCAAACUUGCUGCAACGCAGCAAAGUAACUAG